AUGAAUAAUUAAUUUUUACCUGAUGAUGAUGAUCCAUAGGUUAAAGAAGAAAGGAAGAGUUUGUACAAGAUAUUUGGAAAAGAAACUUCAUUAGGAAAGGAACUCUUUGGAUUAUAUAAUGCUCAUGAAAAACCUAAAAUUAAUUAUCCUAAACCUAAAUAAAAAACAUAAGAGUAGUUAGAUGCUGAAAAGAUGAAAACCUAAAAGUCUUGUCCAUAAAAAACUGUUAUUGAUUAUCCAAAAGAAGAACCUAAACAAAAAUAAUAAUAUUAUCCUAUUGAUUUUAUUCAAAAAAGAAAACCAGAAGCUGAAAUCAGAAAGGAAAUUGAAAAAUAUUAUGAAGGCAGAAAAUUUUUCAGACCUGCUGUUUAAGGANUAUUCUGA